GAGUGAAUCGGGAUUUGCGUGAAGUUGGCGAUGAUUCUGUAAGCUACGGUGCGAUGGCAACUCUCUUUGGCAUACGGUGCACUUGAAGGUUACCGUGUUCUUGCCGUGCUUUACGUCCUCGUGUAAUCUCCGCGAACCGUACGUGGUAAAGCGUUUAUCGCAAAACCGACAUUUCAACGGUUUUUGAUGCAUUAAAUGAUGCUUAUUCAGUGAAGCUAAGGUUGUAACGAUGACUUUAUCCUGGACACAGCUGGAGCAGUGAUAUGGCAAAAGAGAUAGAUGGGACGGCAGGUGGUACUCAAGUUCCUCCACUGUAUCGUGUUCUGAGUUGCAAACAAAGCAUUUGUUUCUCACAGCCUGUAAGUCCUGGACGCAUUUUAACACCGUUUUUCGGCUGACACGAUUUUGAGAACAACCUUCGGUAACUUCCUUGCAGAUCUCGCCAUUUGCUUCGGGAGACGGUUUCUCUAUAGUUAAUUCUAUGGUAGUUUCUACACCAGCUUCAUGGUCACUCUUUGCUUCUUCUAGGUGUUCUUCGAGAAACAUCGUUUCACCAUCAUCCUGUUUUAAGCUGUCCUCCAUGGUAUUCGAAUCUUCGAUUGUUGGGAAAGGAGUGAUGGAGUCGAUUAUGCUAUUGAGUUGCGACCAGCUUAAGAGUCUAUUUUCCGACCCUAGCUGCGCAACGGUUAGUUCCUCUUCAUUUAAGAAUAUCUUCAUGCUUAAAUCGCUGUAUAUCUUUAUACUUGCAUUGAUUCUAACUGCGUGAUGAUCGUUGGCAUCGUCUAUGCUGAAUAGGUGUGCUAUAUUGGGCCUACAAACAAACACCCAUUCUUUGUUGAGCAGUUUAUUUUGUACUUCUGCUAUAAAACAUUCGAAAUCUGCGAUGCAAUCAGCUGUUGGAAAAUCUACAGCAUCUAUUACUCCCGUGGUAAUUGCUUGGGUUCUAUCCGCGGGCAACUCAUUACAAUGUUUUCUAUCGGCGAUAUUCUUGGCCUCCAUCAUAAGGUAUUCCUCUGGAAACAAACUAGGCACCGCAUUCGGUUUCAACCUGGCUGGCUUAUCGUACCGCUCAACGUCGUCCGGUGCAAAAUGGCGUAUGCAAAUGCUGGAACGUUUUGUCGGGAUCCAUUCGGGUCGAUUAAUGGCUCUCUUCCAACAGUCCAGAAGAUAUGGAUCAUCGGGAAACUUGAACGUACUAAUCGACGGAAGGCCACGCUUUAUGGCAGCAUCAUAGUUUGAACAACAGUAAGGCACACAACACUUUCUUCCCAUAUUAAGAGCAACCCCCUUUGAAUUGAAUUAAAAUAAGGUAAAAGCAAACUACUGCGGGUAAUUCACUUUGUUUACAUCGUUUGUUUACGACAUCGAAUGUUUUGACAGUUAUCAGCUGUGCCGAUGGAUCCGUUCGUUUCGAAUUGCUGGUUCGAAAAUGCUCAAUUCUUGUAAAAAAAAAUCCUAUAAAAGCAUUUUAUUUGCUGUAAAAUAUUCAUGCAACUAUUCUUUAGUAAAGCAACACUCCACAUAACUACGUAAAACGAUUGCAUGUCUACUAAAGCAAAAAUAAUGAUCAACUCCAACCUUAGUACUCAAACUCACGCUUUAAACAUGCAACGAUGUAAAAGGCCGGCCGUACAUCAUUUGACAAUUGUUCCGAGAUCGGCAAACAGAAACUUUUCCGAUACGAUAAAUUCUAGUUUUUUCAUGUCCCAGCGUAAAUCGAAAGAUCCGUGCAAGGCUGCCGCUUGUAAAAUUCAGACCUGUCUGCGAGAACACAGCUACGACGAGGUAAAGUGCUACGAUGUCAUCGAGGACAUGCGGCAAUGCUGUCUGAAGUGGCAUAAAGUAUCGUUGUGCUGCUCCGGCAUCCAGCUCGAUCGUGACUACAAAGCCGAAAAGGAAACCAUCCUGCGGGAACGAGCAACGGCCCGUAAAAGCGAUGCCCACUGAUCCGCGCCGCCCACUGCGUGUUCCUAAACGAAAUUGGGUGCAGCGUAAUCCGCGAUUGUUCAGCAACCUGCUAACCGGUACCGCUUUGCUGAUAUUCUUUUCCAAACCUCUGUACGACGCGUUUAUCGCCGAACCCGAACCAGGUGCAUUACCGCCACGCGAAAUUCGAUCAGUUCGCAUCGGACCAAAGUAAAACCGAGCGCUCUAGCUAGGGAGCUUUUUCUCUAAGUGCGAUCUCUGACGCGAUGGAAUCGGUAAAACGGGCCAACCAACGGCUUCGCAGUUACCCACUGUUGAUGGCAAAGUGUUCCGUGGCUGCAGCGGCGUACGCCACAUGCGUUACAACUGAUCUAAACGUAGCGCACCGGUCUUGCGAUAAAGAGUUUCACAACUUCAAAGAGUGCAUGCGGAAAGCCGCUAUCGAAAUGAAAACAAAACUGUAGGAAGGUGAUACACAUCCAUCAGCUAACAAACGAACGUAGUACGAGUGUAGAUAACGAACCCGAAACUGCAAACACUUACCCCUAGAGAGCAAGAUAGUUUCCCGUAAAAGACCCGCAAGCCGGUUAAAUGUGUAAAAAAUGUCAUUCAAGAAGCAUCUCAUCAUCAGCACGCUCGUACGUGUUUUCCUCAUCUAUUAUGGCGAAGUGCAGGACAGUUUGUCCGAUGUGCAGUACACCGAUGUAGACUACCGCGUGGUCACCGAUGGCGCAAACCACGUGCUCGCGCUGGGUUCUCCGUUCAAAAGGCAUACCUAUCGGUACACCCCACUACUGGCGUAUCUGGUACUGCCAAACUUGCUACUGCAUCCAAGCUUUGGCAAGUUCAUAUUUUCGCUGUUCGACAUCCUGAUCGGAGUGCUUAUCAAAUGGAUUCUGCUAAACUGCUACCGCAGCAAUAAGAUAUCGAUCGAGACAAAGCUGCUGAAGCUGGAAACGCUUAACAAUCGGAACAAAUAUUUGAUCAAGCGAAAAAAUGAAAUUCUAAACAGCAACAACGAAUCGCUGCCGCCCAAGUACAUCCGGAUGGCCGAACUCAGUGCCUACUGCUGGCUGUACAAUCCGCUCACCAUGAUCAUAGCAACGCGGGGCAACGGCGACUGCGUUUCUUGCUCGCUGGUGCUCCUUUCCAUCUACUUUCUGCUAAAGAACGAGCAAACAAGUACACAGCACUUUAUCGCCGGCCUGUUUCUCGGCUUAUCGAUCCAUUUUCGACUCUACCCAAUCGGCUUCUGUUUGGCGUUCUAUCUGGCCACUCAAAAUCGAACGGUUGAAAAAUGGCACGACAUCGUACGCACCAUCCUGCAACCAAAUGCAAAGCAAAUAGCACUCGUAUUGGGCACCGUUAUCGCCUUAGGUUCGUCCACAGCUCUAUUCUACUGGCUGUACGGUUAUCAAUUCCUGUACGAAUCCAUGCUCUACCAUCUGGUACGGAAGGACACGCGACACAACUUUUCGCUCUAUUUCUAUCUGCAAUAUCUCAGCUCCACGUUCGAUGUGACGAUUCUGGAAAAGAUACUUACCUUCCUGCCGCAGCUCAUUCUGAUCCUGAUGCUCACCGUACGCUACGGUCAGCAUCGGCAAACGCUCGCCUUUGGCCUGUUUGCGAUCGCGUUCGUAAUGGUCACGUACAAUCCGGUCGUCACGUCGCAGUACUUCGUCUGGUUCCUGUCCCUGUUGCCGCUGUGUGUGAAAAACUUCCGAAACAUCGGCAUCCGGAAAGCGGUUUUCAUUCCAGUCAUGUGGUUCAUCUCGCAGGGUGGCUGGCUACUGCCCGCCUACCUGCUCGAGUUUAAGGGUUGGAACACGUUCGAAUUCAUCUGGAUACAGAGCAUUGUGUUCUUCUUCUCCAACGUGCUGAUUUUGCAGAUGCUUAUUAGUAAUUACGAUAUCGCUUACAACUAUAAAAUCGAUUAGGCACGCUACGCUAUCAUCAGUCAUGUAAAUAAAACCUGGUAUGUUAUUUGGUA